AUGUCAACCCCCGCACAAAAGGCCAACCUAGCCCGCAUCCGAGACAACCAGAGGAGAUCACGCGCGCGAAGGAAAGAAUACUUGCAGGAGCUGGAGCAGCGGCUCCGGGCCUGCGAGCUGCAGGGCAUCGAGGCCUCGGCCGAGGUCCAGGUGGCCGCCAGAAGGGUCGCGGAAGAGAACAAGCAGCUGAGGGAGCUCCUCAACCGAUACGGCUUCAGCGACGAGUACAUCGCCAACUACCUUCAGUCCGGCGCAACCGUCACCCCGGAUUCCGCGCAGACAUCCUUUCGCACGGGCGAGCCAGGAUCGACCGUUCAGUCUCUCCAGCAGCUUCUCGUGCCUCGGCGACCCGCCGGCCUGGAGCCGGGCAUCGCGUUUCCGCUACCGAGCCAGUCGAGCCGAGAGACAUCGAGCGCCAGCGCCUCGACGGCCAGCUCGUCUCUGUGGGACCCCGCGCACACGACCAUGGCGGCGUACGGUCACCAUCCGCAACCCAUGGGCGUCGCGCCUCCCGUCAUGGGCACGCCCAACCAAGCGCAGUACACGUCGCCAGCUUUCGGUAACGCGAUCCCUGCACGGCACGACCCCUUCGCCGGCCAACAGCACCAGCAACUGCUCGGUGACCCGCGGCAGACCAUCGUGACGACACAGCCGACGCAAGCGAUGCCCCUGGACAGCCGACCAGCGAUGAACUACCACUACUCCAUCCCGCCGUACAACGACCCGACGACUCGCAGCUAUGGUCCGCCGGGCGGCAGUUGCUGA